AUGGGGAAGGGGAUGCUGGAAAGUGAGGAAGCCUUCAGAGAGAAUGUGGGCUGGCAGAAGCUUUCGCCUCCCUUAAGUCAGGCCUGCUUUGGAAACCAGAAUGGAAAGCCCAGGCUUGUGCUAGGGGGCCUGGCUUUGAUGGGCAUUGGUAUCUGGGUGAAGGUAGAUGGUGAUUCCUUUGAGAAGAUCCUUGGAGUUGCUGCACCACAAAUGAUGCUUCUGCUUCAUGUGGGUUACCUGUGCAUAACAGUUGGCAGCAUCCUUUUCAUCAUGGGCUUUUUGGGAUGCUGGGGAGCUGUGAAAGAAAGCAGAUGUCUCCUGCUGGUAUUUUUUGCAGUUAUACUGGUAAUCUUCACAGCAGAAGUGGUGUGUGCUGUUGUGGUGCUGAUUUUCUCCACUGUGACAAAUAUAUUUGUUGAACACUUGAAAAACUGGGCCAUGAAGACAUUAAAAGAAGACUAUGGGAGGCAAGAAGACCUCACAGCCAUUUGGGACACUACAAUGAAACAGCUGAAAUGCUGUGGAUUCAACAAUUAUGCAGAUUUCAACAGUUCCUACUUCUAUCAAGCUCAUGAGAAAUAUCCUUCUCUUUGUUGCCUAACCAGCAAAGAAUGCCAGCAAUUUGAAAUAGACCAUAAUAAGCAGGGCUGCUUGUUUGAAUUUGAGAUAUUUCUGAAGCACAAUGGGAAGAUUGUCGGAGGAGUGGCUCUAGCAGUUGGGAUGGUUGAGCUGGCUGCUAUGGUUGUCUCCUUGAUCCUCUAUUUUCAUAUUGGUACAAAGGUCUGA